AUGUACUUCUCGACUAAGACUGUCACCUUCCUUACCCUUGGAGCACUUGCUGCCAUGCCUACCAUGGCCCAGCGUGGCGGUGGCGGAACACGUGGUGGUGGUGGCCAACACCCCGGCGGUGGUAGACCAGGCCGUGGUCCCGGGGGCCCGUUUGCCAAUGCUACCUUUGUCGAUAUCACUUGCAGCUCGACCGGUGACUUGGAUUUGACAUGUGAUCCUCGUGGCGAAUCUGAGGACGGAUUCUUUGUCUGUCGAACUAUGACCGACAGAGAAGGCGUCGAACGCAGCAGAGUAAAGUGCAUUCCUUCCGACGGAUCCAUUGAAGGAGUUGACGAAUGUGGCUGCUGCGGAGAGGACUGUCCGGUGACAUGCGACACUUGUCCGUGCACGACCCGUCGUGGUGACCCUGGAGCCUACGUCUUGGAUGAUGACGAUGACGAGCCCUUUUGCGUCCCAUUGAAUGCCGCCAUGAUGAUGGUAUACAAGAGGGAUGAUGUCUCCUGUCUUGCGGAUUGCAGUCUUGCAGGGUAA